AUGGUUGGACCAUCGAGCAUUCUGGGUUCGUCUGUGACGACUGCCCAGAAAAACACAUAUGCACAACAAUAUGCCGGGAGGACGAGUUUAGAUCAACCUGGGGGGUUGCAACCACCGGGUCAAAAUGGCUCGCGAAUGGCCUCAAGCUCGACAGCCGCAUUUGCGCCUCGUGGUUCCUCUCUCGCGCCAUCCCCCGCCCCGGGAAGCUUCAGCUCGACAAUGCGUAGCCAAAUGCCACGGCAAGCUUCGGCUCUCGAUACAAAUGUUUCCAUGGUAAACUUGGAGCGAUUGGACGAAGAUGAUAGUACGACGCCGGUCAAGAUAUUGUCGAAUUUACGCGAAAUGCUGAGUAGGGAAAUGAAAAUAAAAGAGGGCAGUGAGAACAUGUUGGAGGCGCUGAAUACGAAGAAAGCAAAGCAGACGAAAGAGCAAAGGCAAAGGGUGGAAGCGGAGUUGAAUAUAUCCAACCAGAAGAUCAGAGAUUUGAGAUUGAAAAUUACGGAAAUGCAAAAGCCUAAACCACCCACCACUCCUACGCGCAGUCGAAUGGAUGCUCUCUUCCAAAGUAACGGUGUGAGGUCACCUCCAAGUGCUUCUAAAAGUAUGGGAGGCUCAGAAGCAGCAGAUGAGCCUACAGAGUCGCCAACGUAUGUCUUAGCUGAAAUAUUACAAGCUCUAGAGGUGGAAGGUCUCACUCCGGAUUACUACGUUGGUCAUGCAAACGAUCUGGUUGAGCUCUUCAAGCGUCACCCCACCUUGAAGUAUGAUCUAGUCUGGUCAGUAUUUGGCUUGAGAAUGCAAGUUAUGCUUCUGAGUGGGAGUCGAGAGGUUGUAGCUGCAGGAUAUCGCAUGACAAGAUAUGCAAUUUCGGAUGUCAGCUCUUUACAAAAGAUUCGUAGCCUAAAUACUGAUAAUCUUGUUGUCGUGUCACUCAUCAAGAAGGGAACUUCUGACGUGGAAAGAGAGCAGGCCUUGAAGUUCAUCCGAGCAUUUCUAGAUGUAAAAGACGGCAUAAAAGAAGUCUCUAGGGCUGUGGUAAGAACUAUAGCUUCAGUUGCAGAUCAUGAGGAGGAUCGACUCAAAGCUAUCUGCAUAGAGACACUUGCGGAGAUCAUGGUCCGCGAUCCAGGUCUUGUCGUUGCCUCUGGUGGCCUCAGACCUCUUGCCGAUGCCCUAGGCGAUGGUACUUACGACGCCUCGGAGAGUUUAACAGCAGCUUUUUUGUUUUUGCUUGAUUCUCCUCAUAGACGCCAGUAUUUGCGAUCGGGUUAUGAGCUAGAAAUCCUCUUUACUUCUUUCACCGACUCACUAUUUGUGAAAGAAGAAAUUUUGAAGCAAAACUCGAAGGCUAUUUCAUAUGCUAUGAAUUCAUGGCCUGGUCUUAUGACAUUGUCUAUGUACGACUUCAGAGCUAUCAAAUCCCUAAUAUCAUGCUUGAUCCUCCCCAAUCCCAUUGUACGCGAGACUGUCAUAGAUAUGCUUUAUGGAAUCUUGCGCAUCAAGUCUCCUUUUUGGGCAACCUCUUUCCUCGCUGGUAGACGUCUCACUACAUAUGGAAGAGUUGCAAACCUCAAAACAGCACCGGCAAAGGCAUCGGCACAGUCAGCGACCGAUGAUGAAUCGGGCGAUAAAAGCUUCGUCGAUCAUUACACAGCGCUUCUACUAGCAGUGCUAAUAAAUGCCGGCAUGGUUGAAGGAUUGUUGCAGGUAACCUCAGAUACUGAUAAUGCGAUGUUGAAGCGAAAAACUACUCUGCUCAUUGGAGAAACCUUGAAGCUUGCGAGUCAACUAUUACCAUCAAGUUGGAGUGCCGAGCUUCAGUUACUCCCCGGAUUGUUCGCUGCUGCAUCUCAGUUCGGGAGCGAUGGUCGAAUUGUGGCCACUAGCACGGUAUAUCAGAUUAGCAGUGUGAGUCGGACAUUGUAUAGAUCAGCUCCAUCCAUCUCGACAACUCUUUCGAUAAAUAAUAGUCACGAUAACUUGUCAAGCUUAGGAGACCAGCCUAAAAGUAAUCCUAACGUCUCGUUUGAUGAAACAACAUUCAGGCAGCUAUUGGUUGAAUCUCAAGUUUUGGCCAGCACAAAUCCUAUUAAGUGGAAGUGGGACAUUAUCUUGCGAAUUAUCGAGGGCCCGCUUACAAACGGCAAGCGGCUAGAUGAAGCUGUGAAAGCCUCAAAGUUCAUCAAAAGAAUAAUGAGUUUCUAUCGGCCGUUCAAGUACAAGUUUUCUGAAGUUAGAAACACAAGAAUAAAUCAAAAAUAUAUCAAGGUCGGUUGUGCACUCAUGCACACUCUCCUCCAGACCGUGGAAGGAGUCAAAUACUUGGCGGACAACAAGCUACUCAGACAAAUUGCAGAAUGUCUUGCUCAAUGUGACCCGACGAGUGGCCUCACCGCUUCUCAACCAACAUUCUCAAAAGAAAGACUUUCAGAAACUCUUGCAUGUGGCUAUUUUGCUAUGCUUGGAACUCUGACUGGCGAUCCAAAAGGGUUGCAAAUGCUCGAUCGUUGGCGAAUGAUCAAUAUGAUGUAUCACAUAAUCGAUUUGAAGCAACGUCCCGACUUGAUUAGGCUACUGUUAUCAAACUUUGACUAUAAUUUACCGGGACACCCGAGAGUCCUCUUAUCUAAGGCUCUGACUGCAGGAUCCAAGGAGAUUCGUAUACAUGCGACGAACGUUCUACGGAAAUAUUCAAGUCGAGCCACAGGGACCACCGACUAUAAAUGGGCAAUCGAGCUUUUAGUCACCCAACUUUACGAUCCAGAGGUUGAAGUCUGUGCAACUGCUAUCAAGAUUCUUGAGGAAGCUUGUAAUAGGAAGAGCUACCUCGAAUUUAUUGUGGAGUGUCGUCCAGCUCUAGACCAUUUGGGAGAAAUCGGUGCUCCAUUACUACUACGUUUCCUUUCCACGUCAAUUGGAUAUCAUUAUUUGGAUGGACUGGAUUAUAUCAGCAAUGAAAUGGACGAUUGGUUCCUAGGACGAAAUGAUAGUUAUGUAGGAGUUAUCGAGGCAAGCUUGGCAAGAUCCUUUGUAGAAAUGCCCGAAGAAUCUUCAAAUAGGAUGAGUAUGGACGAAGAUAGCUUUGACCUCGAGGGCGAAAACGAUGCACAAGUUCCUCCUCACUUCUACAGAGAACUCACCCGUACAAAAGAAGGCUGCAAACUUCUUCAAGAUAAAGGACAUUUUGAAGAAUUUGCUUGCACUAUCCGUGAAUAUGGUAUGCUAGCCGAUGAUCCAGAACUCAUUCUCAAAAUCAAAGGAUGUCUUUGGGCAGUUGGAAACGUAGGAUCAAUGGAGCUAGGUGCACCCUUCCUAGAAGAAUCAGAUGUCGUCGAACAAAUCGUCAAGAUUGCUGAAGAACACCAAAUCAUGAGUCUACGCGGUACCGCAUUUUUUGUUUUGGGGCUCAUUUCGCGCAGUCGACAUGGACUUGAGAUUCUUUCUGAACAUGGGUGGGAUUCAAAUACUACCUCUCUAGGUGUCUCACUCGGCCUCUGCAUUCCUCAGAACCUGAACAAAUUUUUCUCCUACCAACCUUGGGAACACAAAACAAUCUCCGACAUAGUAAUCACAGAUGAAGAAAAAAUCGAAAUCGACAAAGCGAGAGUAGAUGAUCGGGACAUAAAUCAACGUAUCCUAGAAUUGGUGGAAAAUCUAGGAAAUAUGAUAUUGCAUAAAAAGGCAAUUGGGGAGCUGAUACAAAUCAAGGAGAAUCAAGGGGAUGCAUUUAAACAGGUGGGGCUCUUCAAAAAAGUUAUGGUACUGUUGGAAUAUCAUCAUUUCAGAUUGCCGAUGAGGAGGUUCGUUAUUGAACUUUUCGAGAAGAGGGUUCUUAGACGCAUUGUGCUGGAUGAGGAUAGUGAUGAUGAAGUAGAGAUGGGAGUGGGUAUGGGAGGGAGGGAAGGAGCGGGGAGGGAAAUGGGGGGAAGAGAGAUGGAGAGAGUACAAAGAGGUCCAAGACACGAAGAAGAUAGUGGGAGCGAAGGCGUAAGAACAGAGCGUCAGAGAAGUGUUACGGAUAUUAGAGUGGUGGGAAAUGAAGCGAAUAAUGCUUCGAUUUGA